CCGAAGACAACCCCCGGUGCUCUGUAGCUGCUGCAGGUAUCUCUCUGUCACUGCUCGACUCCAGCUGAUAUAGUGAAAGGAUGGCAAACUCUAAAGGACCCACCACCGAAAUUAAUUACGUCUACAGGGGAACAUUUAUCCACUCUACCCAGCAAACACCGCUGCAGAUCUUGGAAGAUGAGGUCCUGGGAGUGGAUACAGAUGGAAAGAUUGCUUUCAUUGGGAAAGCUGCAGAGUUAGACAGCCUCUCUCAGACCUUUGGGUUCAGUCCUUCAGAAGUCAUUCAACUGGCACAGCAUGAGUUCUUCAUGCCCGGAUUGGUGGACACCCACAUCCACGCGCCCCAGUACAGCUACGCUGGCACGGCCCUGGACAUGCCCCUACUGGAGUGGCUCAAUAAAUACACCUUUCCUGUGGAGUCACGCUUCAAGGACUUGGAGUUCGCCCAACAGGUCUACUCUCAAGUAGUGAAAAGGACCCUGAGGAAUGGAACAACCACAGCAUGUUACUUUGCAACCAUACACACAGAUGCCUCUUUGCUGUUGGCCCAGAUUGCAAAUGACUUUGGGCAGCGUGCCUUGGUUGGGAAAGUGUGUAUGGACAGGAACAAUUCUGUGAAACAUUACAAAGAGACCAAUCAGGAGUCCCAGGACGAAACCUGUCGGUUCAUUGCAGAGCUCUUGAACAAAAAGUAUCCUCUGGUGAGGCCGGUGGUGACUCCCCGCUUCGCUCUUUCGUGCACAGGAGCCCUGAUGGGACAGCUGGGAGCCAUCGCUAAGAAUAACAACCUGCACAUCCAGAGUCACAUCAGUGAAAACGUAGAGGAAGUGAAGCUUGUAAAGGAGCUGUUUCCUGAAUCUAAGUCUUACACAGAUGUGUAUCACAAACAUAACUUGCUCACUGACAAGACAGUGAUGGCUCACGGCUGCUACCUCAGUGAUGAAGAGUUGGCUCUGUUCAGAGAGACAGGAGCCUCUUUGUCUCACUGUCCCAAUUCCAACAUCUCGCUGUGCAGUGGAAUGUUGAAUGUCCGCAACGUCCUGAAACACAACGUGAAGUUGGGGCUGGGAACAGACGUGGCGGGAGGCUACUCGGCCUCUAUGCUGGACGCUGUGAGGAGAACUCUGGACACAUCCAAAGUGUUGACCAUCCAGGACCCAGAAUACGACACGCUGACCUUCGAGGAAGUGUUCAGGCUCGCCACACUGGGAGGCAGCCAAGCUUUGUCCCUGGAUGACCGGACAGGGAAUUUCGAAGUCGGCAAAGACUUUGAUGCCCUGAGGGUGAAUGUGGCUGCUGCUGAUGGACCUAUCGACCUCAUCAAGAUCGAGGAACCAAAGAUUAUUUUGGAGAAGUUCUUGAAUUUGGGUGAUGAUCGCAACAUAGUCGAAGUGUUUGUGGCCGGGAGAAAGGUUGUACCAUUUACAAAACAGUAAAUGCUUACUACCGAAAAACAUGAACAUCUGAGUGAUACAAUAUGUGCAGCCAAUGAAGUAUCAGAAGGAAAUGCCCUAGUUUUGCAUGAACUGCACAGCUGCACUGUCUGCUUUUGAUGAUAGGAACGAAAGUAGGAAAUUAAUUAUUACCAUGUUUUACUGCUACUGCAAUACAAAAGUGUGGUCCGCUGAGCUUGAAGCUGUAAAGGGGGAACUACUGGACUUUAAAACAGGAACUAAGGGACUUAUUAAAUGUUGUGAACUUGUGUUUCUUCAUUUAUGCGUGCUAAAACACCACAAUCACGCAUCAACCCUUUGCUGAUUAACUUGUCACUUUUUAUGUGCAGUGCAUGUUCACAUUGUUGUAGACUUUUAUUAACCUGAACUGCUUGUUUAAACACAUAUACAAGUACUACUGAUGGCAGCGUGCCAACUGCAACUUAUCUUCUGUUGAAUGCUGAUAUCUCAUUGUGUUGCCUUGAGAAAUUUGAACUGGAGAAAUCUCGAUAACAUUAAGUGACAUAUUAACGUAUAGGACUUUGUUCAGUGUAGCUGCAGAGCCUGACAUGAUUAUCUUCAGUGGUUUGGCGAUUUCAUUUUCAUGCUUGUGUAGCUUAAACAUCAUUUAUGAUCAAAGACUGGGAUUGACUUGAGUUGUAAUCAUUGCUCUUUUAGUUUGUACACUGUACACUCCACUCAGGUGUUUAAACUAUAAUGGCACAAAACCAUUUAAUAGAAAUAUUUUAGUUUCAGUAUGAUUCAUUCAGUUUAUUACAUUUUACAUCUGAUUGCAGCGCCAUGUGUGGUGAAAUGAAGGGCUCAUGAUACACAAAUGAGUUAAAAAGUGUCCAUUCCAGUUAUAGGAUCGUUCUCUGUGCUUCCAAUUACCUCAAAUCAGUGCAACUCAACAUGGUUAUGAUGUAUAUCAGUUAUGUUUGAUACAGCUUUGUAUUACUAACCUUAUCUACUAGUUAAAUCCAUGUUUUACUAAAGAGAUUGUUGAUUUAUUUGAUUGUCAACCUAAUGUAUUUUACUUGUGUAUAUAUAUAUAUGUGAUAUAAUCUUUGUUAUGAAUGUUGGGAAUUGAAGGGAAAUUAAUUGGAUUGCUUAAUAUAUGUUUGUCCUGUGCUUCUUUUUUACUAAAGUAUAUUACAUUUUUAUCACAACAUAUCAGUCUAUGACACCAAAUCCUACAUGUUAAACGUAUUUUUUGAUAGGUCACACUAUGGAUAUUGAAAUAAACAA